AGGAGGAGGAAGAGGAAGAAGAAGAAGAAGAAGAAGAUGGCGCGGAGGUGGAUGUAAACAAAGAUGUUGUAUUGUCUGCAGGAUGCUCCGCUGAGCAGAUAACUCAGUGUCCGUCUGAUGAGGAGAUGAACCACGAUUAUCAGCAGGAAAGCACAGACUGAAGGUGACACGCGGCCGGAUCCAGACUCACCUCCAACCGGUCUGAUCCAUUCUGUCCCGGUCUGAUCUGGUCUGGUCUGAGGAGCAGCAGUGAUGGCGGGUCGUGGUCGAGGUCGGAGGACGAUGAGUUUCAGUGUGGAUGCUGUCGGCAUCAGCAGAGGAGACAGUUUACCUCCAUCCAUGCAGCAGCCGACACCUGCCUUCCCUGUGAUGGAGCAGAAGCCCCUCCCCCUGGCAGUUGGGGAGGAGGCGGAGUAUCUGUUAGCUCUCAAACAGGAGUUCAGAGGAGCCAUGAAGAGUCUGCCCUGCUUCAUCCAACCAGCUGCUGCACACAAAGAUGUGGAGAGGUACUCUGAUAAGUAUCACAGCAACGAGCAGACGGACGGUCUGCUGGACUGGACUCCAGACUGGAAGAGAUUCCCCAGAGAGCUCCGAGUCCACGUCAGGAAACCUCGCAGAGACGGCGUCUCGGUGGCGGUCAGUCGCUCUGACAGAGUUCAGCCUGGUCUGAAGAAGAAACAAGUCAAAGAGAAAGAGGAAGUUCUGCUCAAUCUGGAGACUCUGGAGAAGAAGGAGGAGCAGCAGAGUUCAGAUGAAGAGGAGGGAGAAGAGAAGAAGAAACAGGAGGAAGAGGAGGCUGAGGGAGAGGAGGAGUAUGAUGAAGAAGAGUUUGAGGAGGAGACGGACUACAUAAUGUCGUACUUCGAUAACGGAGAGGAGUUUGGAGGAGACAGUGACGACAACAUGGACGAGGCUAUUUACUGAGACACGCGCACUCCCUCUCUUUUUUAUUAUGCAGUGUUUAAUAACUGUUUACUGCAGGUGAGACCAGGUGGUCUGUGUUCACGGUCCCCGCAGACGAACCGUCCAGCAGCUGUUUGACAUUUGGUUUUAAAGACUUUUAUAGUAAAGGUGGAGUCUGUUUCCUGUGGUGGCGUUGAACCUGCACUGAUGUACCUGUGCUCUGCUGACAAGUUUUUAACCUUUUGUACCAGAGUUUUAUUGUUCUGAACUUGUUCUGUUUGGCUGUUGGACAAAUAAACGGCAGCUACACGAGGAGUUAAACAGGUUUAUAAAGACUUGAUGUAUGAACUGAUCCAGACUGUAGAGGACUGAAGUGGCCUGCAGGUGGCGCAGCUGUGAGAGUUUGACCCACAGAAGAAAACCACAUUCAGAUCCAGGAGACAAUAAACAGACUGGUAAUUAAACACAGCAGCUGAUCAAUCAAUCAAUCGAUAAAAGAAUCUCUUAAGAUGCUGCAUUUGUGGAAGAUGUUUUCAUAUGUUGUAGAGAAUCAUUUCUAUUAAAUGUUAAAACAUGACUUUGGUGAAUUUACUCUUGAAUGUGAAUCAUCUGGUUUAUAAGAGUUUAGAAAUGUUCAUGAUGAUGUUUUCAUUUAUUGUUGUUGUCAAUAGAAACUUUCACACAACAUGAUUAAAGUCAGAGAUACAACUCUCCUCUAAAUACCUACAGUACAUGAUGUUUCCCAACCCCAUCAACCUGUAGAGACUCUGCCUCACACAUGAAAACCAGGAUGCUCCACGGAGCUGUCACAGACACCGGAUGGUGUCUGGAAAUAUAAAACAACGCAAUAGCUUAAAGGAUUGGUUGAUUCAGUCCAAUUCAAAGCUGCCAACAAUCACAUGAUUACAUUUUUCAACUGACUGUGAUACUGAGUCACUCAUUCAGUAGUCAGUCUACUCAUUCCAUUCAUUUAAGCCUGCCUUGUAUUGUUAAAUAAU